ACACAAACCUAAAAGUAAAACUUUCGAUUUUCCGACUUAUCCCUUUUGGCGCUAGUGAAACAACAACAACAACAAAGAUAAACCUCUAAAACCCCUUACCCUCAAUCACACCACCGCCGGUCUUAACGCCGGAGCCUACAAUGGCUGCCACCUCCCACUAGGGUUCUUCUUCAUCCCAUCCACAACUAAACAAAAAACCCAAAAUGGAUCUUAAAUUAGAGCUCAGACCCAACAAAUUCUUUAUCCCACACCCCUCUUCUUGUUCAAGAAAAGGGUUCAUUCUGCUGAAUCAAACCCACCCAAAUCUUGUCUUCCUACCACUUCAUCGUUACAAUCGAAUCAAAACAAGAAAACCCAUUUUCCGCGUUUAUGCUUCCGUUAAUCCAGAUGGGUCGGAAAACGGGUCGACUUGGACCCGAUUCUCGCAGUCAAUUCGUCGAAAUUCGGAGGCUUUGUUAAACUAUUUUGGGGAUUCUUUGAAGAAAGAAACUGGGGUUGAUCUGCAAGAUGUAAAUGUUAAGGUUUCUGGGGUUGUGGGUGAGUUUAAAGAUUCUUUCUUGAAAGCUCAAACUGAAUUCAAGAAUUGGAAUGAGUGGGAACUUUGGAAGGAUGUUAAUAAUUGGGAUCCUACAAGAGUAGGUGUGUUGGCAAUCUAUCUGUUGGUGAUGCUUGUUUCAUGCCAAAGGAUAUUUAUGGCUGUUCGGGCUCCGUUUCGUAAUCGUCAAAUAAAGGAAGUGUCUGAGGCAUAUAUGGAAGCAUUGAUCCCUGAACCGUCUCCGGCUAAUAUUGAGAGGUAUAAAAAAGGUUUAUGGAGGAAGUCAAUGCCGAAAGGACUUAAAAUGAAGAAAUUCAUCGAAGGACCCAAAGGAACACUUAUUCAAGACACUUCUUACGUUGGAGAAAAUGCAUGGGACGACAACGACGAUGCCGCAGCUUAUAAGAACAAAGUGAAAGAAAUCAUUGACCAUGAUGCGAAAUUGAACACACAAGAUAAGAAGGAACUCCAAGAAGAACUAGGACUUUCAGAUGGUAAUCAAGAAAGUAAAGGAACGUGGCAAGAAAGGCUGCAAAUAUGGAAAGAUAUACUUAAAAAGGAGCAAUUAGCUGAACAGUUAGAUCAAUCUCAUGCGAAAUACGCAAUCGAAUUUGACAUGAAAGAGGUUGAGAAAAGCUUUCGUGAAGAUGCAAAAGCGAAAGCCGAAGGCACACAAGGCGUUAGAGCACUUUGGAUAUCGAAAAGAUGGUGGCGUUACCGCCCUAAACUGCCUUACACUUAUUUUCUUGAAAAGCUUCAAAAUUCUGAGGUGGCUGCUGUUGUGUUUACUGAGGAUUUGAAAACAUUAUACGUAACAAUGAAUGAAGGGUUCCCUCUAGAAUAUAUUGUUGAUAUGCCACUUGAUCCAUACCUGUUUGAAAUGAUCACAAAUUCGGGAGCUGAAGUUGAUCUACUUCAAAGGAAGCAAAGCUAUUACUUAUUAAAAUUUAUAAUCGCAUUACUUCCUGGAAUUUUGGUUUUGUGGUUUUUACGGGAAUCGUUAAUGCUUUUACACAUUACUUCAAAAAGAUUCCUGUAUAAGAAGUACAAUCAGCUUUUUGAUAUGGCUUAUGCUGAGAACUUUAUCUUGCCAGUUAGAGAAGUUGAUGACACAAAGUCGAUGUAUAAGGAUGUCGUGCUAGGGGGAGAUGUGUGGGAUCUUUUGGAUGAAUUAAUGAUUUACAUGCGGAAUCCUAUGCAAUAUUAUGAAAAAGAAGUGAAGUUUGUUCGGGGAGUACUUUUAUCAGGACCUCCGGGAACUGGGAAAACGCUAUUUGCAAGAACGCUAGCAAAGGAGAGCGGGAUGCCGUUUGUUUUUGCUUCUGGCGCAGAGUUCACAGAUAGCGAAAAAAGUGGCGCUGCGCGAAUAAAUCAAAUGUUCUCGGUUGCAAGGCGAAAUGCUCCUGCUUUUAUAUUUGUAGAUGAGAUUGAUGCUAUUGCCGGAAGACAUGCAAGAAAAGAUCCAAGAAGGCGAUCAACAUUUGACGCAUUGAUAACGCAGCUUGAUGGAGAAAAAGAGAAAACCGGGGUUGAUAGAUUUUCAUUAAGACAAGCUGUUAUAUUCAUCUGUGCUACAAAUAGACCAGAUGAAUUAGAUCUAGAAUUCGUUCGUGCUGGACGUAUUGAUCGCCGGUUGUACAUCGGUUUACCCGAUGCAAAGCAAAGAGUGCAAAUUUUUGGUGUUCAUAGUACCGGGAAGCAACUUGCUGAAGAUGUUGAUUUCGGGAAGCUGGUCUUCCGCACUGUUGGGUACUCUGGGGCCGAUAUAAGAAAUCUCGUCAACGAAGCUGGAAUUAUGUCUGUGAGAAAAGGACAUAAUAAAAUAUACCAAAAAGAUAUUGUUGACGUAUUAGAUAAGCAGCUGCUUGAGGGAAUGGGUGUGCUUUUGACCGAGGAAGAGCAACAAAAAUGUGAAGAAAGAGUAUCUAUUGAAAAGAAGAGGCUGUUGGCAGUACAUGAAGCUGGUCAUAUUUUAUUGGCGCAUUUAUUUCCUAAAUAUGACUGGCACGCGUUUUCUCAGUUAUUACCUGGUGGUAAGGAAACUGCAAUAUCGGUUUUUUACCCUAGAGAAGAUAUGGUGGACCAAGGUUACACAACGUUUGGCUACAUGAUGAUGCAAAUGGUGGUUGCUCAUGGUGGGCGUUGUGCUGAACGUGUUGUUUUUGGUGACGAUAUAACCGAUGGUGGAGUUGAUGAUCUAGAAAAGAUUACAAAGAUUGCUCGAGAAAUGGUGAUAAGCCCUAGAAAUUCAAGGUUAGGGUAUGCUACAUUGACGAACAGAGUGGGAUUGGCCAAUAGAGCAGAUAGUACCGAUGGAGAACUUAUAAAAUACAGGUGGGAUGACCCGCACGUAAUUCCUGCUGAUAUGACAGUUGAAGUUUCAGAGCUCUUCACUCGUGAAUUGACAAGAUAUAUCGAAGAGACGGAAGAACUUGCAAUGAAAGGAUUGACGGACAACAGGCACAUACUGGAUUUGAUUUCAAAUGAACUACUGGAGAACUCAAGAAUCACCGGGCUCGAAGUUAAAGAAAAAAUAGCGCAAUUGUCCCCACAGAUGUUCGAAGAUUUUGUUAAGCCUUUCCAAGUAAACGCAGACGACGAUGAGCCACUGCCUCACAAUGACCGUUUGAGAUACCAACCACUGGAUGUUUACGCGGCACCUCUUCACAGAUGUUGACCAACAAAAGUCAGCUUUGUAUCACCAUAGGAACAGUGUUUUUUGUAUACUUUCAAAUUCAUAAUUUAUUUAACUGAUAAAACAGCUAGAGCGAUUACAAUCCGUUUCGGGAAAUUACAUCAAUACCAAUAGUUGUUCUCAUCA